GCAAAUAUGGGAGAGUGGAGACCGUGUCCGAGCUCGUCCAUGGCUCAGCAAAGGAGUUCUGGUGCCUCUUCGGUUCACAGAAGUACAACGAGACGGGCCUCGUGCUGGCAUCCAAAUACGGGCACCAUGAGGUAGUAAGGGUCUUGGUAGCAGCAGGUUCAGAGAUUGACUAUCCGGCAAAUGGUGGGGCAGCUCUUCACUGGGCCUGCAAAUCCUUCUCGCAGAAGAACUAUGCGGCGAUGGAGCCGCAGCAGGUGGCCACUGUGCAGUUCCUGCUUGGCGAGGGUGCGCAGAUGAGGCUACCAAGCCCGAAAUCGGAUGAAGUCUACGACGCCUUGAACAUGGCCACGCAGCGCGGCAGCGUUCCGAUGAUCAUGCUGCUGAAGGCAGCAGGAGCUGAGGUUUCCGAAAGUGCGGAGGCGGCAGCAAAGAAGUGGGGCGGCGCAGUUUCGCGAGCGCUUCUUUCUGAGGAGAAGGUUGCUGUACCCUAUGUGGCACCGUCAUACUGGACGCAUCAGGCAGAG